AUGCAGACGAUAGAGAUGAGAGUGCAUAUGGACUGCCCCGGAUGCGAGAGCAAGGUUAUUAGAAGUACACUUCAAAAGCUAAAAGGUAUCGACAACGUUGAGAUAGACAUGGCUCUGCAGAAGGUCACAGUGACCUGGUGGGCAGACCAAAAGAAAGUUCUCAAGACGGUUGGAAAAACUGGUCGAAGAGCGGAGCUCUGGCAAUUCCCCUUUAAUAAUUCAAAUUCAGACAACAACUAUGUAUACAAUCAGAGUCAGUGUAAUGGUCCGCUUAAUAACUAUGCUCCCCAGCCUUCCUCAUCUUACAACUACUACAAGCAUAGAUAUGACACUGGUUCUUCUUCUAACUGUGGUUAUUCUCAGAACCUCCUUUAUCAAUAUAAUACACUUCUUUUUCUUUUCUUUUACAUUCCUAGAGGAAAAAUUGUUUCUCAUAGGACAUGUAUUUUUUUUUUUUUUUGA